AUGAAGGUGAAAGGCAGAGGGAUCACCUGCUUCCUGGUGUACUUUGCUGUGACCUGCCUGGUGGCCGCCCCGGGGGGCGGGGCCUGUCCUCGCCGCUGUGCCUGCUACGUGCCUGCAGAGGUGCACUGCACAUUUCGGUACCUGACCUCCAUCCCAGACAGCCUCCCGCCCAACGUGGAACGGAUCAAUUUAGGGUACAACAGCUUGGUUAGAUUGAUGGAAACAGAUUUUUCUGGCCUCCACAAACUGGAGUUACUAAUGCUGCAUAGCAAUGCCAUUCACACAAUCCCUGCUAAGACCUUCGCAGAUCUGCAGGCCUUGCAGGUCUUAAAAAUGAGCUAUAACAAAGUGCGUAAACUUCAGAAGGAUACUUUUUAUGGCCUCAGGAGCUUGACCCGGUUGCACAUGGACCACAACAACAUUGAGUUUAUAAACCCCGAGGUGUUUUACGGACUCACCUCUCUCCGACUGGUGCACUUGGAAGGAAAUCAGCUCACCAAGCUCCAUCCGGAUACAUUUGUCUCUUUGCGCUACCUCCGGAUAUUUAAAACAUCUUCCAUUAAGUACCUGUACUUGUCUGAUAACUUUCUGAGCUCCUUCCCUCAAGAGAUGGUCUCCUAUAUGCCUGAUCUGGAAAGCCUUUAUCUUCACGGGAACCCGUGGACCUGCGAUUGUCAUUUAAAAUGGUUGUCUAACUGGAUACAGGAGAAGCCAGAUAUAAUAAAAUGCAAAAAAGACAGAAGUCUCUCCAGUCCUCAGCAGUGUCCACUUUGCAUGAACCCCAGGACCUCUAAAGGCAAGCCCUUAGCUAUGGUUCCAGCUGCAGCUUUCCUGUGUGCCAAGCCAACCAUUGACCCAUCCCUGAAACUGAAGAGCCAGACUAUUCCGGAAGACAGCGGUUCUGUGUCCAUCUCUCCCCAAGAUUUCAUGGCACCUUUCGGCUCCCUCGCUUUCAAUAUGACAGAUCAGUCUGGAAAUGAAGCUAACGUGGUCUGCAGUAUCCAAAGGCCCUCGAGGACCUCGUCCAUUGCAUUCACCGAAGGAAAUGACUACAUCAUACUCAAUACAUCGUUUUCAACAUUUCUGGUGUGUAACAUAGAUUACAGUCACAUUCAGCCAGUGUGGCAAGUUCUGGCUUUGUACAGUGACUCUCCCUUGAUACUAGAAAGGAGCCACUUGCUCACUGAAACACCACAACUCUGCUACAAAUAUAAACAGGCGGCUCCUAAGCCUGAAGACAUCUUUACCAACAUAGAGGCUGAUCUCAGAGCAGAUCCCCCUUGGUUAAUGCAAGACCAAAUUUUCUUGCAGCUAAACAGAACUGCCACCACACUCAGUACAUUGCAGAUCCAGUACUCCAGUGAUGCUCAAGUCACUUUGCCAAGGGCAGAGAUGAGGCCAGUGAAAUACCAAUGGACCAUGAUCUCCAGGGAUAACAAUACUAAGCUGGAACGCACUGUUUUGGUGGGUGGGACCAUUGACCUAGACUGCCCAGGCCAAGGAGACCCCACCCCACAUUUGGAGUGGCUUCUAGCUGAUGGGAGUAAAGUGAGAGCCCCUUACGUUAGUGAGGAUGGACGAAUCCUAAUAGACAAAAAUGGAAAACUGGAGCUCCAGAUGGCUGAUAGCUUCGACACAGGCACAUACCACUGCAUCAGCACCAAUUACGAUGAUGCGGACAUUCUCACCUACAGGGUUACUGUGGUAGAGCCCCGCAUAGAAGCCCAUCACGAGAAUGGGGCUCAUCAUACCAUUUUCAUUGGUGAAACACUUGAUCUUCCAUGCCAUUCUACUGGUAUCCCAGAUGCCUCUGUUAGCUGGGUUCUUCCAGGAAACACUGUGCUCUCUCAGUCCUCAAGAGACAAGCAAAUUCUUAACAAUGGCACACUAAGAGUAUUAAAGGUCACCCAGAAAGACCAGGGACAUUAUCGUUGCAUAGCAGCCAACCCAUCAGGGGUCGAUUUUUUGAUUAACCAAGUUUCAGUCAAAACAAAGGGGGAAAGGCCAGUGGAGCAUAAUGUAGAGACAGAUGGAUCUGGACUCGAUGAACCCAAUCCCAUCACUCAUCUUAAGGACCCGCCAGCUGUACAACUCCCUACAUCUGCUCCGAUGGGAGCUGAGGCUGGAAAACAAAUCUUGAGCACAAGUAAGAGGCACAACUAUUGGGAGUUAAUACACCGGCGGCGUGGAGAUUCAACAAACCGACGUUUUAGGGAGCAGGGGAGGCAGUUCCCUCCCUCUGCUCGGAGAAUUGACCCACGACACUGGGCAGCACUUUUGGAGAAAGCUAAAAAGAACACUAUGCCAGAGAAGCGAGAAAAUAUCACAGCAAAACCACCUCCACUGGUCACUCAACUCCUGAAAAUACUGGGUGAGGAAGGAGACUCUUCAGGCAUGCCUCCUCCAGAUGAGGAGUUGACGGUCCCAGCAACUAACGCUCCCUAUGUUCUGGCUGUGAGGACGGUGACUGCUGAUUCCAGAAAAAUAUCUGAUAGCCCUGUGACAAAUACAACUGCUGGCCCCGAAGCCUCCCCAAUUGUGAGUCCACAAAUACCACCACCUGAAAAACCAGUAGAUCUCAAACUAUCUGCUACUAUUAAAACUACAGUCAUGUCAAAGAAGAUAAACCCAACCACAUCAAGCAACAGGCAAAGCACAACCAGCCAAAAUUUACCUACUGUCUUUCCUCUACUACCUGAAGCAACUCAAUUUCAGGAUGCUGACGACAUGGGGAGAAGAGAGCCUUUGCAAAGUGCGCCCCCAACAACAGUGGGGACUAUGAUCAAAGAUGUGAAUAUCAAAAUGCUUAGUAGUGCCCACAGCACAGCUGAUAGAUUCUUAGGGUCAGUAAGUGCCACAGACAGUCAUCAGACAUCUGUGAUGGCAGUCGGUGAACCCAGGAGCAAUCACUUCUAUUCUAACAUUACUCUUAGCACCUCUAAGCCCACUUCAGGCCCCCAUGCUGCUGCUCAUUCUCAGUUACAGAGUCCUAGAAACAGCACAACUAACAUCCCACUACACAGACGCUUUGGAAGAAGGAGGAAAAUUUGGGGCAGAGGGCGAAUUAUCAGCCCAUACAGAACUCCAGUUCUCCGACAGCACAGAUAUGGCUUUGUGAGGCCAACAUUCCGAGGUUCUUCCGAAGGAAGCACCACUGCUUUUCCAGCCCCAGAGCUCAAUGUGGUGUGCCCAUCCUGUUCUCCCAGAGGAAGGCUCACCACUGCUGCAGCAGCAUUGGCUUCUCCAAGUUCUCCCCCAAUCACCCUCCCCAAAGCUGAAAUUGCCCGAGUCACAGCAGAAGAGUCUACAACUCUAGUCCACAAUCCAUCGUUACUGUUUGAGAACAAAUCAGAUGUAGAUACUGAGAAAACAACACCCACAAUGCAAUCUUUCAGUGCAGAAAGUACCCAAGUGACUCCGACUGGUGCAGUCAUGACUCAUGCCCCAUCGUCCACACCUAUGGAAAAAACUCACAUAAUAAAUACUGGUCACCCAAGUGCGUCUAACACCAGUGAAGCUGAAAGAGAUUCAAUGAUUGUUUCACCACUUCCAGCCCCCACCACCAAGCCAUCUACGCCUCCUACUACAGCCAUUACAAGAUUUUCAAGAAGGAAAAUUCCCUGGCAUCAGAUCUUUUUAAAUAACCAUAUCCGAAAAGAGAGGUUAAAGAAUCAGCAUAAACUUGGUUCACAAAAAAACACAGCCAUGGUGCUUCCUAAAAAAUCUCCUGCUUUACCCACAGAGAAAGUUUCCCCCUUCCAUUUCACAACACUCUCAGCAAAUGUGAUGCAAAUUCCAUCUAUAACAUCAGCUACAGCUCACCACAAUACCAAAACACAGAGUCCCAUAAGCCUCCCAACACUGAAGGAGCUGCCCUUCCCACUCGUUUACCGUACACUUCCCAAUGUCUCAAGCAAAGAGUCAAGUACAGAUUUCAUACCAAUGCAAACAGCCACAAUGACCAAUCCUCCUACUGCCCCUGCAUCUGUCAUUGUCAAUAAAACCAAAACGGCCAGACUCAGGACACAAAAAGUACAAAGUGAAAAGGAGCCUCAAAAGAACUGGAAUGACCCAAACCCCAAUCCUGGCCAGAGUUCUGGCUUCACUACAUCCACGGCUGUGACACCUCCUGUUCCAACCGCAGCUGAAACUUCAACCAAGCUCGAUGUCUCUGCUUUCACUCUUCCCCCCCUAGAAAACACAAAAGGAAUUUCAAGCACAAUUGGUCUUCAUCCAAGAACGCUUAAUCUGACAGAUGUAGUUGAAGAGCUACCCCAAGAGAGUCCUCAGACUUUGAAGAGCACAAGUGCCUCUGAAACCUCUUUGUCCAGCAAACUGCACCAGUGUACCAAGACCAGGAACACAAUCAUUAGACUCUCUACCAUGCCCCCAUUCCUGAGCAGCAGUGCCACUCCAAUGUUAACUCCUACCUCCCCUCCCUUGAGUAGUCAAAAUGCAGUUACAGACCACAUGGCCACCCUGGUUUCCAGGAUGGUGACAAAUACAAUGGUCAAGCCGCAUGGAUCCUCAAGGCACAACGCUAAUCCACAGCAGUUAGCAGCAGAGGUUGCAACAUCUCCCGAAGCUCACCCAAAUGCCAAGUUCACAAUUGAAACCACUCAGGUUAUCUACUCUGAUCUGUUACAUUCUACUCCUGUGCCAGCACUAAUAAGAGUUAAACCACAGAACUCUAAAUUAACUCCCCCUCCCUGGUCAGAAAACCACUUUUGGCACAAGUCACACCCAGAAAUUGCUGAAAAUGGCAAAAAGCCAGCAGUGAGCAUGUUGCCGGCUCCAGGCUUCCCACAGGACACCACUCAUGCUUCCAACUGGGAUACACAGAAGACUGCAGAGAAAAGUAGCUUCAAUAAGACCCCAGCUCAAAAAUUAACAACUUCUGAACACUUUCCCUUUGAUUCUUUAUCUAGGAAUAUAUUUGAAAGGCCCAGAAUAGUUGGUGGAAAAGCAGCAAGCUUUACUGUUUCGGCUAACUCCGAUGCCUUUCUUCCUUGUGAGGCUGUUGGAAACCCCCCACCCAGCAUCCACUGGACCAGAGUCUCAUCAGGACUUGAUUUGUCUAAAAGGAAACAGACAAGCAGGUUCCAGGUGCUCCCCAAUGGCACCCUGUCUAUCCAGAGGGUAGACAUUCAGGACCGUGGACAGUACCUAUGCUCAGCAUCCAAUCCGUUUGGCACAGACCGCCUUCAUGUCACCUUGUCUGUGGUUUCCUAUCCUCCCAGGAUCCUGGAGAGACGUACCAAAGAGAUCACAGUCCAUUCUGGGAGCACUGUGGAAUUGAAGUGCAGAGCUGAAGGUAGACCGAGCCCCAUAAUUUCCUGGGUUCUCGCAAACCAAACAGUGGUCUCAGAGUCAUCCGAGGGGAAUAGGCAGGCCCUGGUAACAUCCGAUGGAACGUUGGUCAUCCACAAUCUCAGCAUUUAUGACCGGGGCUUCUACAAAUGCAUGGCCAGCAACUCAGCUGGCCAGGAUUCACUGCUGGUUAAAAUACAAGUCAUUGCAGCCCCACCUGUGAUUCUAGAGCAGAAGAGGCAAGUCCUUGCAGUGACGUGGGGUGAAAAUUUGAAGCUGCCUUGUACUGCAAAGGGAACUCCUCAGCCCAGUGUGCACUGGGUCCUCUCUGAUGGCACCGAAGUGAAACCAUUACAGUUGAUCAAUUCCAAGUUGUUCUUAUUUUCAAAUGGGACUCUGUAUAUAGGAAACGUAGCCUCCUCCGACAGGGGCGCUUACGAAUGCAUUGCUACCAGCUCCACUGGCUCAGAGAGGAGGGUGGUAAUGCUCACAGUGGAAGACCAAGAGACCAUCCCCAGAAUAGAAGUUGCAUCCCAGACAUGGACUGAGGUGAAUUUUGGAGACAAAUUACUACUGAACUGCUCAGCCACUGGGAAACCCAAACCCAAAAUAAUCUGGAGGCUACCAUCCAAGGCAGUCAUCGACCAGUGGCACAGAAUGGGCAGCCGAAUCCAUGUCUACCCAAACGGAUCCCUGUUCAUUGGGUCAAUAACAGAAAAAGAUGGUGGUGAUUACUUGUGUGUGGCGAGAAACAAGAUGGGGGACGACCUGAUACCGAUGCACGUUAGCCUGAGACUGAAACCUGCCAAGAUUGACCACAAGCAACAUUUUAAAAAGCACGUGUUCCACGGGAAAGAUUUCCAGGUCGACUGCAAGGCUUCCGGCUCGCCAGUGCCUGAGAUCUCCUGGAGUCUGCCCGAUGGAACGAUGAUAAACAAUGCAAUGCAAGCUGAUGACAGUGGCCGCAGGACCAGGAGGUACACCCUGUUCGACAAUGGAACCUUGUACUUCAACCAAGUUGGGGUAGCAGAGGAAGGGGAUUAUACUUGCUAUGCCAGGAACACUCUCGGGAGGGAUGAAAUGAGGGUCCACCUAACAGUCGUAACAGCUGCCCCUCGGAUCAGGCAGGGUGGCAAGACCAACACGAGAAUCAAGGCUGGAGACACGGCCGUCCUUGACUGUGAGGUCAUUGGGGAACCCAAACCAACAAUAUUUUGGUUGCUGCCUUCCAAUGACGUGAUCUCGUUCUCUAAGGACAGGUACACGUUUCAUGCCAACGGGUCUUUGUCCAUCAAUGAGGCAAACCUGCUCGAUUCUGGGGAGUAUGUGUGUGUGGCCCGAAAUCCCAGCGGGGAUGACACCAAAAUGUACAAAGUGGACGUUGCCUCCAGACCUCCACUAAUCAAUGGCCUGUACACAAACAGAACUGUCAUUAAGGCCACAGCCGUGAGGCAUUCCAAAAGACACUUGGACUGCAGAGCUGAGGGGACGCCGCCUCCUCAAGUCAUGUGGAUCAUGCCCGACAGUAUUUUCCUCACAGCCCCGUACUACGGAAGCAGAAUCACAGUCCAUAAAAAUGGAACCUUGGAAAUUAGGAACGUGAGGCUUUCGGAUACAGCCGAUUUUAUCUGUGUGGCUCGGAAUGAAGGAGGAGAGAGCAUGCUGGUGGUACAGUUAGAAGUCCUGGAAAUGCUGAGAAGACCAACAUUCAGAAACCCAUUUAAUGAAAAAACAGUUGCCCAGCUUGGAAAGCCCACGGCAUUAAAUUGCUCUGUUGAUGGAAACCCGCCACCUGAAAUCAUCUGGAUUUUACCAAACGGCACACGAUUUCCCAAUGGGCCACAAAAUUCUCAGUAUCUGAUAGCAAGCAACGGUUCUUUCAUCAUUUCUAAAACAACUCGGGACGAUGCAGGAAAGUAUCGGUGUGCGGCAAGAAAUCAAGUUGGCUAUAUCGAGAAAUUGAUCAUAUUAGAAAUUGGCCAGAAGCCAGUUAUUCUGACUUACGCACUAGGACCAGUUUACUGCAUCAGUGGAGAAUCGCUAUCAUUGCACUGUGUGUCUGAUGGAAGCCCUAAGCCCAAUAUCAAGUGGACUGUACCAAGUGGUUCUGUAAUAGACAGGCCUCAAAUUAAUGGAAAAUACCUACUGCAUGAAAAUGGCACCUUAGUCAUCAAAGAAGCAACAGCUUAUGACAGAGGAAACUAUGUUUGUAAGGCUCAAAAUAGUGUUGGCCAUGCCCUGAUCACUGUUCCAGUAAUGGUUGUCGCCUACCCUCCCCGAAUUACAAAUCGCCUACCCAGGAGCAUCCUCACGAGGACCGGAGCGGCCGUUCGGCUCUACUGUGUUGCCCUGGGGGUCCCCAAGCCAGAAAUCACAUGGGAGAUGCCUGACCACUCCCUGCUCUCGAUGGCAAACAAAGGGAGGACACAUGGAACAAGGCCUUUUCCCCCACGAGGUACCCUAGUCAUUCAGAAUCCUCAGCCCUCCGAUUCUGGGAUAUACAAAUGCACGGCAAAGAAUCCACUAGGUAGUGAUUACGUGACAACUUACAUUCAAGUAAUCUGA